AUGGUUGACUUUCGCGUUGCUCUCCUUUUGUACCUCCCCCUCCUCCUCUCCCUCCCCUCCUUCUUAAGCGCCUCUGCGUCAGCUAGCACGUCGUCGAACUCGACGACUGCUUUUACUGAUAUAUCUUCUGGGGAUGGAGCGCUUGCUGCGUUGUUAGCUAUUCCGCUGAUGAUCGUAUCGAAACCAGCAAUUAUAUUCCAUGCCUCCCAAGCGUUUUUCAACUUCCUUGCGAUGUGCUGCUUUGCGAGCGUUGCGAGUUUUCAGGGUAAAUGGGGUGUUGGACCUUCUGGGUUGACUGGUUUCGCGCUCUUCGUCUCGAUUAUGGGCAUCUUUUUGUCGUUGUUCAUGCUCUUUGUCCCCGUCAUUGAUUCUAAGUAUGGUAAACUCACGCGGCUGUCGCGUGCCCUGACGGAGCUGCGAGUGGCUUUUAUCUUGACGGUCACUGGGACGGUGUUUAGCCUGCUUAUUGCCUUCAUUGUCACAAUAUCAGCAUGGACGGAGCCUGGCUGUAAGAAUCCAGACAACGACCCUCACGCUGACAAAGGAGAUGGAUUCAAAAAUGGGUUGAAAGGGUGGUGUUCGACGAAGAAAGCUGGCGCGAUAUUCUUUUGGCUUGCCUUUGCUUUCUGGUGCGGAACAUUCACACUUACCAUCAUGAACUGGCGCAGCGGAAAGACCCGUGGUCCUCGCGACCCACCAUUCCACCCUCCCAUGGGCAGCGAAGCCGGCGGUGUUGGUGGGGCGUAUGACGAACUUGACGAAGAGGAAGAAGAGUCCACAUAUGAACACGUGCCCCCGAUCCGAGAGAGUAACUACUCUGGUGCUGGGGCUUCGCCGUUCUCGGAUAACAAUGUUGCAGCGAAUAGGAACUCACAAGCUUCGUCUUCGUAUGUGCUGCCACCUGUAAGCGGUGUUGGUGGGUUCAGCGGCUCUUCCGCACCCGCAGCUGGGAACAUACCCGCUGCACGUGCGUCGAUGGACGCGUACGGAGCGUUUUCGGACCCUGCUCCUUCUGGAUACGGUUCUGGCAUUCCUCCGUCCGUUCAACAAUCAACCUUCAGCUCCGCUAGCGGACUCUCGAACACUCCAGCAGGAGUAAGUCGAACGAUGCAAUACGCAGAUCCGUACGCCGCAGUCCGGGCUUCUAUCGCUGGCGCACCACCCGGUGCACCUACGUCGUCAGGAUAUUCGGGAUCGACGUCCCCUGUUCGGACGUCUGUUGCUGGUCCGCCGAGUUAUACGGAGUAUACUGGGUACCGAUAGUGGGUUGUGGAGUCCUUUCUGUCUUUCUGUCUUUCUGUUGCUGUUUUGAGAAAAAUUUUAAUUAUGGAUAAUAUGGAUGUGUGUGUAUGUAACAUGUUCCAUGGACUUUCAACAACAGAUGUAGUAUGAGUAUGAGUACGAUGAUAGUUUUUUUUUGUCAUGACCAACGAUUUGUCCCCCUUGAUUUUAUUAUACUCAGUUCUACUCAAUACUACUCUGUCUCUCCUCUGUUCCCU